AUGCUAUCAACAGCGUUUACCGGUAAACAGCUCAUAAGAUAUUGCAGGAUGAUGAGCAAAGAACUGAGUGGAUUUGGCUUCAAAUAUACGGAGCAAUUGGCGAAACAUUUUAGGUAUUUGUCGAGAAUGUACCGCGACGGUAUAGAACAAGAAAUGGCGGAAUAUAGAAAAGAAUACGACGAAAAAUUAACAAACCGUCAAAUUUUUUUGGACGCUAUGAAUGAUAUAUUCACAUUGCAAGAAAACUUAAGGUUCGACGACUACAUCCACGACAUGUUGGACUUCGGAAACGACCAUAUACCGACAUUGGUUGAACAAACUAGGAAUAUUCUGCGUAUGAUAGUGGAUUGCGUUCACAAAUUGAGUGCAGGGGAGCAAAAGAUAUUAGAAAAGAAAUUAGUCAAGGCGAUUAAAGAAUAUGAUGAUAAUUGA